AAGAAAAAAAACGCAGAGAGUAAUGGAACGUUGGAGGGGCAGAGUUGCUCUCGUCACCGGAGCCUCGGUUGGAAUCGGGGCAGCCAUUGCUAAAGAGUUGGUCAAAUUCGGUAUGACAGUGGUGGGCUGUGCGAGGGACUUUGAGAAAUUAAAGGCCGUGGCAGCCGAGUGUCGCAGUGAAGGCCACAGUGGCGUUCUGGUGCCGUUCAAGUGCGACCUGACCAGCGAGGAGGAAAUUGCUUCCAUGUUCUCGGCUAUCAAAGCCCAGCAUGAGGGCGUGGACGUGUGCAUCAACAACGCAGGCGUAGUUCAUGCUGAACCCCUGCUGAGUGGCAGAACCACAGGCUGGAAGAACAUGUUGGACGUGAACGUCCUCGCCUUGUCCAUUUGCACACAAGAGGCUUAUCAGUCCAUGAAGGACAGAAAUGUUGACGACGGGCAUAUUAUCAACAUAAACGGCAUGUCCGGUCAUCAUAUUCUCGGCAAUCCCGAUUUGCACUUCUACUGCGCCACCAAGUUUGCAGUGACGGCGCUGACGGAGGCUCUGAGGCGUGAGCUGCGCGAGGCCAACUCCCACAUCCGUACCUCGUGCAUUUCCCCUGGCCGUGUCGACACUGAAUUUGUUCUUCGCCUCUACAGUGGCGACACUGAAAAAAUAUCCGGCAAAUACAAGCCGCUGGACACCAAAGAUGUUGCUGAUGCUGUCACCUAUGUCCUCAGUGCCCCUCCGCAUGUGCAGGUUGGUGAUGUUCAGAUGAGACCCGUGGAGCAGACAUAGUAAAAAGCAAUUCUAAAACGAAUGUUGCUAACGCUCUCUUAUUAUGCGUUCUUUUCUUGCUAUCUUUUGGAAAGGAUGAUUGCACUCUGAAAGGUACACGUUGUCAUUGUUAAUCAUCUACAAUACAUUUGGUACAGCAUAAAAUGUACAAUUAUACAAAGAAAGAAUAAGCAAUAAAACGAUCAGUGAGUGUCAGCACAUAAUGUUGCCUUCAAUGUCUGUAGUUCUCUCUGUGACAUUUCAAUCAGUUUUUCAAUAAGAACUCAAUACAUCUUUGAUUUAGAUGAAGCACUUCCCUCUCCUGACGCUGUACAGGAAAGGCCACAUUGCAUAUAUUUUAUGUAUGGAGACUUUAUGAGGCCUCAUUGUUAAAAAGAUUGUCUCUUACUGGACUUUGAACUGAACUGAAUUAAGUUCCUAUAGAGUUUACCUGGUCAAUGACCAUAAAGUUAUCUCCUAAUACUGAAA